AUGCAAGAGUUCAUAACUACAAACAAUGAGUCGCAUUUUCCUAGAUCGAUUUAUUACAAGCAAAGAAAUUUAUUACUGGUCAUGGAACUGAAGAUCCUGAAAAAACAACAUCUAACAAUCAGCGAUACGAUGAUAUUGAUAGUGUGGGCCUGCGAGACGAGUAAAAAUCAAGCUCAACAAAUCAGCACUUCCAUUUACGAUGCAUUUAACAGCACUACUGAUGAGCAAAUCAAAGAUGAGAGACUAGUGGUAAAUGACAUAAAAUCGAGUACUACUGGAUUGAUCUGUCAUAUACAAAGAAAUCAAAUUUUACUAUUAAAACUUAAGGCCCUAAAGGAGUGGCAUCUGAAAGUUAAUGACACAGUGCAAAUGCUGAACACGAUCUUCGGUUUACAACUCCUUGUUAUUAUAGUUAGAUCUUUUACUAAUUUCACUUUUGACGUUUACUCUGAUGUAGUGCGAUGGCAAGAUGGAGUAUUCAUUAGUUUUGAUAUACAUUAUCUUGAUAUGCUUUCAUCAUCAACAGCACAUUACGCUUUAAAAAUAACGCUGCUUGUGUGGGCCUGUCAGACUGGCAAGAAUCAAGCUCAAGAGAUCAGUACCACAGUUCACGAUGUACUUAACAAUAUCAAUGAUGAGCAGAUAAAAAACGAGUUGCAGCUGUAUUCAUUACAAAUAUUACAUCAUAAAAAUAUAUUUUCGGCGAAAGGUUUUACAAUAGAUGCGUCGCUUCUUACAUCAAUAAUAGGCAAAAUUACUACAUAUCUAAUAAUCAUGAUACAAUUUUUAAACAUGUCGCAUUCUUGUGACAGAAGUGCAGUGGUCAACGUUACACAAUCUACUUAUAAGGAUGCAUAA